CAAAACAAUGUCAGUGUAUUUUAUACUGAUUAUUAGCGAGUGACAGAAAGAAGAGCCUGCAAUAUUGUUUUGUUUCAUAACUACACAAUCACUGAGGGCUUUGUCAUUUACUUUGUUAAUCAAUUGACGGAAGGUUCAACACAAGGAAGAUGAACACCCUUGUUAUAUUUGCGGCAUUAUUUGCUGCCGCUAGUGCAAUAAACCCUGCAGCGAUCUACAGAUCACAAUGCAGUGAAGGUGCCUCCUACUGGUGCCGAAGUGCUUCGCAUGCAGACGAAUGUGGGGCCGUAGAGUACUGUAUCCAAAACUCCUGGAAGGGCAAACUCGUUCAAGAAUCAUCAACAUGCUCAGACUGUGAAGCUUUCAUCAACGCAGUACACAACGUGCUGGAGCAGACAUCUAUUCAGACUGAAAUCAUUGAUGGAGCCAAGCAGGCCUGCGUCGUGAUGGACAGUCUCUCUGGGCUCUGUCAGACUCUUGUGGAGACCCUCGGAGCUGAAGUCCUGCAGAAAUUGGUCACCGAAUUGAAUUCAGAUGAAGUCUGCAAGGUCCUACAGUUUUGCCAAGAGAAGACUUCACUUCAAACCAAUGUGAAUGAUGACGAGGUGUGCACACUGUGUAAAGAUGGUAUGGCAGAGGCCAAUGCAAUCCUUUCAAACGUUACACUCCAGCAAGACUUUGAGAACAUGCUCCUUCAGUUCUGCCCACUCCUCUCCGAGAUCUUCCCAAACUGCGCUAAUUUCAUCCAAGAUGAGAUUCCCGUCGUCAUCCAGUUUCUCCUCACGUACCUUACCCCAGAAUCAUGCAGUGAGAUUGGACUAUGUCCUGGGACAGUGGAGCUCCAAAACCUCCUUGUUCAGCUCAAGAAAAUGAAAAAUCGUGAAGGUGUAGAUCUGUGCUCUACAUGCAAGACUACCAUGACUACCAUUGACAGCAUGUUGAGCAAUUCAGCAAUCCAGUCCGCUAUUGUCCUGGGGUUGGACCAAUUUUGUAGUUCUCUCGGUCCUGCUGCUCCUUUCUGCGUCUAUGCAGUGAACCAUUACACCAAGGAGAUCAUUGCUACACUCGUUACAUACUUGAACCCAGAUACCUUCUGCCAUGAGUUCAGAUUCUGCUCAUCAGAUCAAAAUGCUCAUCUUGGUAGCGACAUGUGCACUGAUUGUACAACGUUCUUUGGAGAUAUCGAUGGCAUGCUCACAAACCAGACUGUGCAGAACAUGAUUCUUGCUGCUGUUGAUGAUAUCUGUGCCGAGUUCGGAGACUUUGCUGAUCAGUGUAAGAGCUAUGCGGACCAGUAUGGAUACAUCGUCUUUGAUUUCCUUGCUUCACAGCUGUCUCCUCAAGAGAUUUGUACCGACAUCAGCUUCUGCCCAGCCACGCCAGAGACAAAGACCAAGUAUACCAUGGACCUCAACACCCUUCUGGCUCCCAGUAGAUACGUUAAACAAGGAGCCUUUUAUUUCACCCUUGACCUUUGUGUGCACUUUCAGAUGGAUCUGUACCAUAUCUUCAAGAUGGUACUCAAACGACAAAGAGAUAUCGCUGUAGGAAAGAAUUUCCACCUAAGAGGACCUUCGAAGGUCUGUACGGACUGCGAACAGUUCUUAACUGACGUUCAAGCAAAGCUCAAUGACCCUAAUGUUCAGAAUACCAUCGUCAAUGCUGUAGAGAGUGUGUGCACGCUGUUUGGGCCAAGCGCUGACGAAUGCAGAUCCUACGUUGAGCAGUACGGUGAUCUUGUCAUUCAGUUUAUCGUUUCAUCCAUCGACCCAGACACAGUUUGCAAUGAUCUAGGAUUCUGUAUGUCAUCGGCUCGGCCCUCCAUCCCGAAAUUGAUGAAGAAGAAAAUUCAAGGACCUUCCAAAGUUUGUACCGACUGCGAACAGUUCUUAACUGACGUUCAAGCAAAGCUCAAUGACCCUAAUGUUCAGAAUACCAUCGUCAAUGCUGUAGAGAGUGUGUGCACGCUGUUUGGGCCAAGUGCUGACGAAUGCAGAUCCUACGUUGAGCAGUACGGUGAUCUUGUCAUUCAGUUUAUCGUUUCAUCCAUCGACCCAGACACAGUUUGCAAUGAUCUAGGAUUCUGUAUGUCAUCGGCUCGGCCCUCCAUCCCAAAAUUGAUGAAGAAAAUUCAAGGACCUUCCAAAGUUUGUACCGACUGUGAACAGUUCUUAACUGACGUUCAAACAAAGCUCAACGACCCUAAUGUUCAGAAUACCAUCGUCAAUGCUAUCGAGAACGUGUGCACAUUGUUCGGGCAAAGUGCGGACGAAUGCAGAUCCUACUUUGAGCAGUAUGGCGGUCUUGUUGUUCAGUUUAUCGUUUCAUCACUGGAUCCAGAUACAGUAUGUAAUGACAUUGGUUUCUGCAUGUCCGCUUCGAUACUCAGACAGAAGUUGGCCCUGACGGCAGACUCGUGCACAGACUGCAAGGCUUUCUUUGGAGACAUUGACAGCAUGCUCAUGAACGUGACUGUUGAGAACAUGAUCACUGCAGAGAUACUCCAAGUUUGCAGUCAGUUUGGAUCAUUUGCUGACCAGUGUAAGAGCUAUGUUAGCCAGUACGCACCCUUGGUAUACUCCCUCUUAGCUUCAGAAUUGAAUCCAGAUCAGAUCUGUUCCACCCUUACAUUCUGCCCUGCCCAGAUGGCAUUGAAGGUCAAGGUAUGAUAACUCAUGGUGUAUUGAAAGAUCUCUUUAUCUCUCUCUCUGUCUCUCUCUCUGUCUCUCUCUCUCUACCUCUCUAUCUCUCCUCUUCUGAAUCAUCCUCCCUUUCAAUCUAUCUUUUGUUUUGCACUCCUGGCCUCGCCUUCCCCUCUCUUUCUGACCACUACCUGUAGUCUUUUUUUCCUCUCUCACAUUUUUAUUUUCGUCUUGUAUUGCCAAAGGAUACAUCUGUUUUGGCUAUAUAUAUUAAAAGAAUACGAGCGAAUUACCACAUUCAAAUAUAUCAGGAUCAUAGCUCUCAGUGAUUACACCAUUGAAUAAAACUGAUUAUAGAGUAGGUCUUAAACAAAGCUCUCUUGUUUGAUUAAAUGUUAAAUGUUUGGUAGAUACCAAGAAAAAUGAAACUUUCACAGAUACUGGUCCGUCUACA